AUGCGUUUUCACUCUGCCCCUAUAUAUAUCAAGUGUUAAACUCGUGUUAUUUUUACCCAAAAAAUCGUCAACUUCGCAUUUUUCGGUUCUUGCUUUUCAUUUCAAUUUCAUUUAAUGCAGAAAAAAAGAGGAACGGAUACUGAAUCUUCAGUCUCCAUCACGAAAGAUCCUCGAAAUAUGCCGUUAGAUCAAGGUAAAUUUGGCAGAUUUACAGUCAUCAGAGCCAGGAAUGCUCGCCGGAGAAGAAUGGAAAUAAGAAGAUUGAAGUGCACGUGUGAGACGAUGAUGAAUAUAACCAUCACAAAAAACGGAAGCGAUGCUGACAGUGACAACGGUCUUCUUCAUGAAUCAAAAUCAAGCGACGGUUUAACGGAAUUAUCGCUCUCAUCGUCUACUUCUUCUUCUUCGUCAUCGUCGUCGAAGCAAUCAUCAUCAGAGGAGAACGACAUCGUUUCAGCUAAGAAGACUUGCAUAAAAAAUGAUGAUGUUCAAAAUUUAAAGUGCAAGACGUCGACACACGGGUUACUAUCAAUUAUCGGUAGGAGAAGAGAGAUGGAAGAUGCAGUGAAAGUGGAGUUAGGGUUAAUGAUGAAAAGUGGGUUAGAGUUUGAUUUUUAUGGAGUUUAUGACGGGCACGGCGGGUCCAGGGUGGCAGAGGAGUGUAAGGAAAGGUUGCAUAAGGUGUUGAAGGAGGAAAUAAUUGAGGAUAGUAAGGGAGGAUGUGGUAUUAAUUGGGGAAGAACGAUGGAGAGAUGUUUUGAAAAGAUGGAUGAAGAGGUGAACAGAGGGAAGUUAGGAGAGGAGAUGGUGGGAUCGACGGCUGUUGUUGCCGUGGUUGGGAAUGGAAAGUUAGUGGUGGCGAAUUGUGGGGAUUCUAGAGCUGUCCUCUCCAGAAGUGGCGUUGCUGUGGCCUUAUCUUCUGAUCAUAAGCCUGAGAGAGCAGAUGAGUUGGAGAGAAUUGAAGCCGCCGGCGGAUGGGUGAUAAAAUGGAAUGGACAUCGCGUGCUUGGAGUACUCGCCACUUCAAGAUCCAUAGGCGAUGGGUGCCUCAAACCAUUUGUUACAUCCACACCAGAAGUGAGAGUAAGCGAGCUUAACAAUGGCGAUGAAUUCCUGAUACUGGCGAGUGAUGGGCUGUGGGAUGUGGUAUCUAAUGAAGUGGCAUGUGGAGUAGUGAGGCGAUGUUUGAACAGCCAAAUGACGAAGAGGAAAUCAUCGCUUCAGUUCGUCGACGGAAACCGACGUGCCGAAGCAGCCGCGGCGAUGUUGGUUGAGCUUGCCAUUGCUCGAGGUAGCCAAGACAACAUUAGUGUCAUAGUGGUUGACUUCAGAAACUCAACCUAUCACUAAUCUCCAGUAAAUCUCCAGUAAAUCUAUCCGUGUAUUAUAAUUGAUAAUUUGUACAAACGAGGCUUAGAAAUUCGGGAAUAAAAUAAUUGUACAUGUUUGGAAUUUUAA